AUCGACGGCGCAUGACUUGCGCAGAUGCUCGAGUUACUCCCGCCAUUUAUUUUUUUCCCUUGCACUCCAGAUCGACCCGUUGAUUCUUACUGCACUCAUGGUUGCACAGGUUUGACAGGCGAUGAUCGUUGCCUUUCCUCCAGGCGAGGCAAUUCAGCUCCAUCGCCCUCCCAUCGGCUAAUCGAUGUCGCAACGACGCAAAACCCCGAGCGAGCAAAAUUCAAUGCCUCCUACCGAUGGAAAUAGCCCCGAUGCGUCGCAAGAAAUUCGAUCGCUUCCACAGCGAUCCGAUGCGGGUUCAUCCCGGCGGCCAGCUGUCCCCACGAGCGACGGCCGAGCGAGCGGGGAGCUUGAGGGGAGCACACUGGGGAGCAGCUCUCGUGAGGGUGAACGAAGGACACCGGGCCAGCGCAGGACACAGAGUUCCAGCGGAUUUCUGUUAGACUCCUUACCCCGCUCAUCAAGCUUGAGAAUCGGCUCGCACCGAGCUCGCCCUUCAGAGCCACCGACAGAGAAACGCAGUGCCCCCGACGGUGAUAUCGUGGUAUCUAAGAAACGAUCGCGCUUUCCAUGGAGUCGUCAUAAGCCUUCGGCAUCCGAACCAGCUCGAGUGGUGUCUGAGUCAAGCCCAAUAGCGGCCGAUCAAGCUCCGAUGCCAACCCCCGAUGUGGAACAAGCUAAAACCCCGUUCCGCGCGACCUCUGGAACGCAUGGCGAUCAACAGGCUGCUGCUGCGGCGCCCGGUAUGGAUAGAGACUCGCUUCAGAUUGUGAAUUUGGCUUUGAAUCUGAAUGAGUCUCGGAGGAGGACUGCCUCCGGGCUCACCCCUAGUCCGAACAUGCGGAGACCUCUGUCUGUGUCGCAACCUGCCGCUGCACCCUUGGAGCUUCUCCCACCAGCUUCGACGGGGAUAAGUAUACAGCGCGACUCAUCGUAUCGUGAUUAUACUCAGACCCUUGGCGACGGCUCCCUCGAAGGACUACAGUCCAACGCGAAGUCCCCGGUGGUGGAUUUCCUGCCAUCUACUGUUGCGAACGACAACCGAUUGUACGAAUUCUCUGAAAGGACCCUCGCCCGCGCAGAUCGGGCUCGUCGCCACUUUGAGCUUUUCCAGGAGUAUCUGCGACUCCUUCCCUCGCUGCCCCCACUGCGAAAACCCCGGGUCGCCGACGAUUCUGAUUCCUCGGAUUCUCCACCUGUCGUUGCAUCAACAAGCAGGGGCUAUAAUCCCCUCCAAAUGAUUCGGAAUCGAAAGAUUAGAUAUCGAGAGAAAUGCCCCAUUGACCCAGAAGCUGGUGGCUGGUAUGACGUUGGCAAAGUCCAUGACUGGGUCAACUCUAUUCAACAGCGAUACAGCGACAUGGCCUAUGAUGAGAUGCAGAUAAUUAAGCUUCCAUCCUUCCAGCAAGGCCAUCAUCCUGCAUGCCAUGGAGAAUCGCAGGAUAUCGACAUGACCGUCUCGCCCCCUGCCAGCUUGAGACGCGUCAGUCGUACUAAUAGUGUCAAAGCAACUCGCCCACGUCUCGACUGGACGAGCUCCCCAACAGAACUACUAGCUGAUGUUGCAUGGCUCGAGGACAGCUCAAACAGGGCCAAGAUCGUCGAUAGAGAUGGCAAUAAACUCUACCCCGAUUCAACAGAGCUGGUCUUCAGGGAUGCCAGCAUGGAGUACGCUCAGCAGAUACCACGUUUGUCGGUUGAGAUGGCAUAUACCAAUCAAGAGGAGGCACCUUCCCGCAACGAUUCUUUGUCUAGCGCUCGGCCGGCCUUGGAACCUGAAUUUAAGAGUGUUGGGCGAGGUCGGCACAAACACCGAUUCCAAAGUCAUUCCCACGCACGAAGUCAAAGUGCCUCUAGUUCGGUAAAGCGCUCUCGAUGGGACAAGGUUAGGAUGCGCGCUGGAAGCAUGUCCAGUGAUUCCAGCCCAGAGCGGCGCAAGUCUUCAGAUCGAAGCCGCCGAGCUUGGGUACACUCACGAAAUAAAUCCGAGGCCCUCAUGCGUAAAGAAACCUCCAAUGUUUCGGAGCCACGAGUUUCUCGCUCCAAAUUACCCGCUGCUGCUUUUGUCAAUGAUACGGCCAAACGUGAAUCAUCCGAACUUCCGACGCUCACUACCAAGGCGAGUCAAGUGGGCCGACGAGCCUCGUUCUCCUCAACUGGCAGUUUGGACGAUAAAUACAAUCCGAGAAUGUCUUUGGAGGCAAUGGAUAGCACCGCACCAAACUCUCCUGCUUACGCGGGAUUUUUCCCAAGCAUAGCAGUCAAGUUGUCUCCGCCUUCAAGCCGGUCCCCCUCACCAGCCAAGAAGGGAUUGCGUCGCAAAAUUGUUUCCCGUCAUGAACGGAGUAAGAGCAAGCAAGGCCACCGGGACUCCCGUGAGCACGAAGACGAGAGCCUGAAUGCAGUUACUUCUCAGCCUUCCUGGCCGUCUCAGGAGCAGUCUGAGCGACCGUCCAAGCUUCAACCCAGUCCUCUUCCGGAUACUGUAUCCUCAUCUUACUUCGAUGACCAAGGAGUCUCCGAAGGUCGUUCUGACAGCUACAGGGGGCGAAAAGGGCAGCAUUUGCCGGAGUCUAAGCUCCGAGGAAUCUUUAAAGGCACCGGCCGGAUUGCUGAGAUUGUUGGCAACGAGGUCUCUAAGGUUGGGGACAUGAUUCUGAAGAAGGAUACCCUUCCUGAUUCCCGCAAAUCAUCAUCCGCGACUACAGUCGCUUCGGACGACAGCGAUUCAGGUGAAGAUGAGAGGAAAACAGACAAACGCUCUGGGCCAAAGGGACUACUACGGCGCCUGCCCACUCUUACAGACGAGCCCGGUCGUCUUAUGCGUCGGGAAUCUGAGAAAGUCAUAUCUUCUAGAAGCUUCAAACCUUCUCUACCAACCUUCGCGUCCUCACUACGACAAGAUGACAAGAGUGGAGGAUCGAAUGAUGCCGUUGAGCUUGGCAGUUCUCGUGAGCGUUCAGUCGCAUCCCGGCGACCUGAAGAACAAGAAGGGCCUAAGAGAAUCGCUUUGUCUCGCAGCAAAACGCUCGACUUUGGCCCAGCCUUACAAUCCGCCCGUGCUCGCAUAAAAUCAUCGAAUCCGAUCAAAGAUCCAUCGAAUCCUUUCAGCCUUACUCAACCCCCGGUGACUGGACUCGCUCGAGCUCGAGCAUCACCAGGACCUCCUGGUAGGAGGCCUGCUGGGUUGUCGGGCACAGGUCGGGCCUGGAGUAUUUCAGAUCGCAGUCUCCACUCAUUGAACGACUCCGGCGUUCCAGGCAAGACUGAGAUUGAACGUACUCGAACUCUACUUCUUGCGUCCGGCAUCAAAGCUCGGGAAAUAACCCGCAGAGCCCACAGCGCGCGGGAUCCUCCUAACUGGCUUGCAGACUCUAUGGGCAACAGUUCCUCCGUUCCUCGAGUCACUCGAAUUAAGGAAUUUGAUACCGCUGCCCAAGGUUUCUUGCGCAGGUUUGAAAUGACCCAAUACUCAUUCCAGCAAUCAAUGCAUCAUUUCUCUACUUCUACCUCAUCACCUCUCCGCUCGCAGCUAAGGGACCUGGAAACCCUUGUCAACCAAACCCUCACGCCCCGUGUCCGAGCCACCGCCGAUAGUGCCGAGGACCUAUGUGUCCAACUUAAUACCACCAGUACUCUCGCUGUGAAAGCUCUCAGUGAUGCCCUCGACAGAGGUGUUCGGAAGCGUCGCCGACGACUGCGUUGGGUUCGACGUGCAGGGUUCGUCGUACUGGAAUGGGCACUUGUCGCCAUGCUUUGGUGGGUCUGGCUCAUUGUCAUGGCCUUCAAACUUGUACGUGGCAUCUUCCGUGGAGCUGUCUCCGGUGCACGUUGGGUUCUCUGGCUCUGAUCCGGAUACGAUGAGCCCUUGAGAACGGUCCUCGACGAAAGACCUCGUUCAACCCUGAUACAACUUUUGCUUUUUCUUCUCUGUUAUUGGACUGUGGCUUCACACUUCCGCUAUAGCGCGCAUAUACCCUUUAUCUCGGUGUUACUGGCUCUUCUUGUGCUUCUUAUGGAUGUAACAUACAUGUGUUAAUAAAUUCUGUCACAUACUGGCAUUCAACUGGAAACAUUAUCGGGUACGUACUUUUAGUCCACAUGAUGUUAAAAGUAGGAAAAUCGGAAUCUCUUCUCGAUGUAAUUGAAAGCUGGUCAACGCCAAUACUUUUAACCAAGCAUGGGAUUGUCAAUGUACUGUACCCUGAAUUUCCAGAGUCCAAUCUACC